AUGGGGCUCACGGCAUUUCAUUCACCCCCCGUUUGCUGUGACAGUGACCGAGGCACAGCUGCACUCACGGAGAUGAACGGGCUCGGGAAGUGCGGAGAUAAUCCUAGUGCUUCCUUCCAGGGCCGAGAGGCCAGGCCCCAUUCCCACCCCUACAUGGCAUUUAUUCAGACCCUGACACCAGCGGGUCUGACCAUCUGUGGGGGGUUCCUGGUGCAUGAAGACUUUGUGAUGAAGGCAGCUCUCUGCUUGGGCAGCCAAAUAAAUGUCAUCUUGGGGAUCCACAGUGUCACUGCUUCUGAAUGGACGCAGCUGCUCAUCCCUGUUCCCAGACCCAUCCCCCACCCCAGAUACAAUCAGCGGAACAACCGGAACGACAUCAUGUUACUGCAGCUGGCGUCCAGAGUCAGACAGAAUGAAGCCAUGAAGCUGGUAGCUCUGCCUCAGACAGAGGAAAUGCUGGACCCUGGGACCCAGUGCACUGUGGCCGGCUGGGGCCUCACCGGGCUGAACAGGAGAGCAGUCACAUUCCAGGAGGUGCAGCUGACAAUUCAGAGGGAUGGAGAGUGUCACAGUCUCUUUGAUUUCUACACUGGCCAAAAGCAGAUCUGUGUGGGGGACCCAAGAGAGGGGAAGUCCACCUUCCUGGGGGACUCCGGGGGCCCCCUCGUGUGUAACAAUUUCCAAUGGUGCCGCUGA